ACGGACGUCAAAUACCGAUGGACACUGUUGCGUCAGAGCUAGGGUUGCCAGCUUUCACUCUAUGUAUAAAGUGAUUGGGAUUUUGUAUCGUUGCUGUUUUUAUGGAAGUUCUUGAGAAUUUUCUUGGAAAAUUGUGGGGUUAAUAAUAGUUGAGGGGAUUUUUUUUUAGAAUUAUCUGCAAAACACUGCUCAGCCCAUAGCGUAUGCCCUCGGUUCAGUGCUCAACGUGUGCUAACCUGUAUUGCCUACUUAAAUGUAGCUUGCUAACUUUUAAAAAUUAGUUAGCGUUACAUAAAUGUUCUCAAUCGACCAAUGCAUUUCUGCGUGUAUUCGUGUCACGUAUGCAUGUACGAUUAGCUAACCAGCAGUCUAAUUGCAUACAUUCUUUCUAUAUUCUGGCUACUUAGCUUAGCAACAAUAUGGCACAAGACUCAUGGCCAACAUCGGACGUCUGUAAUUCAUCAUCUAGUUUGCUUCCUACAGAUUCUUUAAGGUCUGAAUCGCCUUUCCAAAACAAAGGACAGUCGGGGAGGAUUUUGACAAAUGAGGAGCUGGAGAAACUGCAGAGAGAUCAAACAUUGGUGUCAGAUUUCAAGCAAAAUAAGCUGGAAAAAGAGGCACAGAAGAACUGGGACUUGUUCUACAAAAGAAACACCACGAAGUUUUUCAAGGAUAGGCACUGGACCACGAGAGAGUUCGAGGAACUGAAAGCCUGCAGAAAGUUUGACGCCCAAAGGCUGGUUCUUUUGGAGGCUGGGUGUGGAGUCGGAAACUGCAUUUUCCCUCUCCUUGCAGAGGAUGCCAAUAUCUUUGUGUAUGCCUGUGACUUCUCGCCACGAGCUGUGGAAUUUGUACAGAAAAAUCCAUUAUUCUGCUCUGAGAGAUGCAAGGUUUUCCAAUGCGAUCUCACCACUGAGGACCUGCAGGCCAACAUUCAAGCGGACAGUGUGGAUGUGGCCACGCUCAUAUUUGUUCUAUCCGCUAUUCACCCUGACAAGAUGCGCCUCACUCUUGAGAAUAUCUACAGGGUGUUGAAACCUGGUGGAAUUGUCUUGUUCAGGGACUAUGGCCUCUAUGACCAUGCCAUGCUGAGGUUUAAGUCUGGGAACAAGCUUGGAGAGAACUUCUAUGUGCGCCAAGAUGGCACCAGGUCCUUCUUUUUCUCCCGAGAGCUGCUGGCUGAGCUGUUCACUGGGGUAGGGUUCCAGAGCCUAGUGAAUGAGUAUGUCAUGCGAGAGACUGUGAACAAGAAGGAGGGCCUUUGUGUUCCAAGGGUGUUUCUUCAGAGCAAGUUUAGGAAGCCAGACUGAUGGACCAGCUCCCUGCAGACACUGCCCUAAUCCUCUCCUCUGGAGGGUGUCUCUCAACUGAAGACUCACAAAUACACUUGUGGUGCUAGGCUCCAGAAUGACUUUUUUUCCCUUGAUGAACAGCUUUUACACAGAGAUUACCAAUGAAUAAAUUAUGUCAGUUUUACUGUGCCGCCAGUCUCAUAUGCAUUUAAUAGCAGACUUGAGUAUGGAUUAUGGUUUCAUAUCUGUCUUUCGUGUAAGCGAUAUUCUAGUACCAUUGCUAAUCAUUCUACAGAAAGGUUUUUUGCUACAACUUAAGUGCAAUUAAGCAUAUUUUGUGGGCAUUGCUUAUUUUUCUAAAAUGUGUUUUGAUAUGUGUUUUUUUAUUUUUUGUGGUAUUUUAAUAAAACAUACAUUUUGGUAUUAAAAUUUCGGAGUUCAUAACCUAGGAAGUGCAGUUAAUUGGUUAGAAGUCAAACCACCAGGACCUCUCCACUAGGGGGCAUGAUAGGCCGUUACAAGGUAUGUCUAAAGGUUAUCCCAUCCUUUUCCCACUUCACACUUUAAAACAAGAAUCAAAUUCAGGCAUAAAUGCUUUCUCAAAAUAUUUAUUUUCUACAUGGACUUUUCUAUAUGGUCAUACUUUGCAAAUGGUAUAAGAUGCUGAAUGUGAUGAACAUGCAAUGAAGUGUUGCAUUAUGUAUGAAGUCGAAUAUCAACAUCAGUUUGGAUUUUGAUAUCAGUUUUCAACAUCUCUGAAAUUAAUAUUUAGAAGAAAAAAUUAUUGUGGGGUUAUGUAUGCUGUAUAAAUGUGUAUUUAAGUUGAUUCUCAUCCUUCUACCCUAUCCCACCACUAACACAAUUAAAAGGAUUAACUGUAGAGGGUAGACCAGGUGAAGAAGAAUUUGGAUACAGCCCUGGUCAUGCUUGCUGUUGUGUGUUUGAUGGAGUACUUUACAUGUUGACUGAAAAAUGAAACUCACUCACUCAGUCCUGGUACAGGUCUCAGUGCGAAUGACUCACUUCUUGACUCUGGCUACUGAUGACAGGCUGUGAUUUUUGAUGUUGCAUUGUCUCGCAGAGCUUAGAUAACAUUUUUUUUUUUUUUUGUGUUGGUUGCAUGAUAUCAAAUCCAUACAAAUCACAAGGUGACUUUAAUCAGCCAGAGCUAUAAGUUGAUUUUCUCAAAACUGACUUUUGCCAGCUGCAGUUGUCUUUUCAACCUGAUUGUCAGGAUCAUUUUUUUUAUAAAUCAUUACACAGCUAUUGAAACUA